AUGAAAAUUCAGCAUUGGCAAAUACCAUUGAGUAAAAGAUUUAGAGCUUUGAAAUUAUGGUUCGUUAUAAGAUCAUUCGGUGUUAAAGGACUUCAAAAUCACAUUCGUAACAGUGUAAAUUUAGCUGAAAAAUUUGAAAGAUUAAUAAUGGAAGAUUCGAGAUUUGAAAUUCCGGCAGCGAGACAUCUUGGUUUGGUCGUUUUUAGACUCAUCGGUGAUAACGAAUUGACGGAAAAAUUAUUAAAAAAAUUAAAUUUAAAAGGGAAAAUUCAUUGCGUACCUGCUUCCUUAAAGAGAACGACAAUUAACGAUCUUAUGGAAGAUUGGGAUGAAAUAAAAACAACAGCAGACGAAGUCAUCAAAGAGAAAAAUGAAAUAUUAAUUACCGAUAAAAAAUCCAAAAUGUCAUUGGCUGGUAAAAUAAUAAUAAUAAUUAUCCUCAACAUUUUUUUUUUUUUGGUAAAAUGA